GGCUUUGAAGUCUGUCAACCACCGCAACUACACAUAUACUCUUUCAAUAAAUAUGAGCCUAUUGACUCAAUUUCUCUCUCUUUUGAUAAACCCAUGAAAAUAAAACAAAUAAUAUCCCACUAAACUCCUUGGAAUCGCUUCUACUUCACUCCCCUUCUAUCUUCUCUCUUUCUCUCUCUCUUGGUUUGCUUAGCUAUCCCACCAAACCCAUCUCUCCUUCUUCCCCAUAUUCCGAAUUAUUAAUGCAAUAGUAUAAUAUUCAUGUAUAAAUAAUUAAUGGGUAAUGGUUAAAUUUCAUGCUCUGUAAUUUCUUUACUACUUUAUUCCCCCCUCUUCAAAUUUAUUUCAUAGUUGGUGACGAAGUGAAAGAGAAAAAAAAAAUGGAAGUGGAGGAACCCAGGCCACAUAACGCCGCAAUGACCUUCGAUGAAGUCUCCAUGGAACGGAGCAAGAGCUUCAUCAAAGCCCUGCAGGAGCUCAAAAACUUGAGGCCUCAACUUUAUUCUGCUGCAGAUUACUGUGAGAAGUCUUAUCUUCAUAGCGAGCAGAAACAGAUGGUACUGGACAACUUGAAAGAUUAUGCUGUACAAGCACUUGUUAAUGCUGUUGAUCACCUUGGUACUGUGGCUUACAAGUUAACUGACCUUCUUGAGCAACAAACUUUAGAUACCUCAACAAUGGAGCUAAAGGUUUCUUGUUUGAAUCAGAAACUCUUUACAUGCGGAACAUUCACUGAGAUAGAGGGUCUUCGACAACAGCGGCUAUUGGCAUUCAUCCCAAGACAUCAUAAGCAUUAUGCUUUACCAAAUUCUGUUAGUAAGAAGGUGCACUUUAGUCCACAAGCACGGGCUGAUGCUAGGCAAAAUCAUUAUCAAGCUAGAUCUCAUCUUCAACCUUCAGAUGCCCCUGCAUCAAAAAGUCUAUCUUGGCACUUAGCCUCUGAAACUACUUCUACAUUGAGAGGGUCUUCACAACCAGCACCAAGCAAGGAAGAUCAAAAAACAACUGGGACUUUCCAUCUUCUGGAUAGCGAAGAAAGCAUAAAGAAAAAAUCCUUUGUGGCUCCUGCUCAGCUGUUGGGUGGAGGCCCAACAUCCAGUGUAAUGAUGCAAAAAUAUGGUGUGCACAAGGAUUUGGAGGGUUCCAAACCUUUGACAGCAUUCGGAUCCUUUGACAAUCCAAGACAUGAGACUCUACGUGCUCCUGCUCGCAGCAAAAGCAUGCUAUCAGUUUUCUUCGUUAAACAGAAAACACCGAAACUGAGAGCUGGAUAUGUCUCAUGAGUUGCGAGUUUCUUACUGAAUCAAGCAGAAGAUGUUGUCCCCGAGUACAAACUCCUGUGUCCUGUAAUUAUGAUCUCCUGUGACCUGAUCAAGUUCUGAAUAUCAGAUAUAAAAAUUGCACCUAAAUAAUGAGUAAAUAGCACAUAAAAUAAUGUGAUGAGAAAGAUGGGGGAAAGAUUUAUUUACUCACUGAUUGUUAGCUCUGACCAACUAGUCUUCUAUUUUUGUUGCAGAUCCUCUCUAGACAUUUCCUUCUACCAUGCUUUUCUGUUGUAGAUGACCAUGAAUAUUUUUCCUGAAAUGUGAAAGUGCUACCUUUGAUACGGGUCA